AUGUCGUCUCUGCAAGAUCCUUUCGAUGAGUCCGUCAGCGACGUGAGGGAACUCAUUGUGAAGGCCAGGAGUAUACGGGAAGCUAUACAGGCUAAGGGGUUAAUUGCCAGCGAUGCUGUCACGGAACUCGGUACCGUUGUGGAUUCUGUAAAGGAGGAACUGAUGCUUCUUAACGACGUACUGCGCGUCAUCGAGCAGAAAAAUGGCAGAGUUGGGGAAGAAGUUCUUUCUGUAAACGAGGUUGUUCGGCGGCAGACAGUUGUUCGCGAACUUGAGAUCGAUUUAAAAGACAUUUGCGCAUUUCGUGAGUUCGCGGAAUCACGAGUCACGGAAAACGACGUUUCUAAUCUUGACCGAGGUCCAGCCGAAGGUAGCCACGGUGAUACAUUUUAUUUGCGUCAGGAACGGGUACAAAGGGAGGAGCAGGCACAGCAGGACGUAAUAUUGGACAGGCUUUCGCAUGGCCUCCAGGAGCUUAGGGAAACGGGUAUCAACGUGAAUGACGAGCUUCAGCAGCAGGACAAUUUGCUAAGCAUUAUUCAGGUGGAUGUCGAGGGCGUUCAAGCGCGUUUGCGCGUAGUUAACGCUAAAGUUGACAAGAUGCUCGCAGACAUGUCGUCGAGGAGUAAGAUUUGCUCCUUAUUGGGACUCGCACUAGUGGCAUUGCUCCUCUUCUAUUGUGUCUUUAGUUGA